CCCUGCCCCCCUGCCCGCUCGCAGCCAGCGCCCGAGGAGGAGGAGGAGCAGCAGCACCACCAGCAGCAGCGGGAGGAGCGGCAGCAGUAGUAGGAACCGCCGCUGCGAUAGCAUGAGCGGGGCCGCGGCUAAGCAGUCCCCCGGCGCGGGGUCCGUCACGGAUCCCGCCGCCGCGGAGAAGGCGGCGGCGGCGGCGGCGGCUGGGGACUCGGUGCCGGAGCCGCCGCCGCCGCUGCUGAGCGUGGACGUGACGGGUUUGGUGUCGCAGUUUGCGAGGAGCUUCGUGCUGAUCUUCCCCGUGUAUGUGCUGGGCUACCUGGGGCUGAGCUUCAGCUGGGUCCUCAUCGCCCUGUGCGGGCUCUUCUGGAUCCGCAGGCACCGCGGCGGCAAGACCUCCCGCCUGGGCCGGGCGCUCGCCUUCCUGGAGGACGAGGAGGAGGCGGUGCGGCUCAGCGUCUCCUCCGCGGAUCUGCCUGCGUGGGUCCAUUUUCCAGACACAGAGAGGGCAGAAUGGCUCAACAAGACUGUAAAACAGAUGUGGCCUUUUAUUUGCCAAUUUAUUGAGAAACUCUUCCGAGAGACCAUAGAACCAGCAGUAAGAGGAGCAAACAACCACCUCAGUACCUUCAGUUUUACAAAGAUUGAUAUCGGUCAUCAGCCUCUGCGGAUAAAUGGUGUAAAAGUGUACACUGAAAAUGUGGACAAAAGGCAGAUAAUUUUGGAUCUUCAAAUCAGUUUUGUUGGAAACUGUGAAAUUGAUUUGGAGAUCAAGAGAUACUUCUGCAGAGCUGGUGUGAAAAGUAUACAGAUCCAUGGCACUAUGAGGGUUAUCCUGGAACCACUAAUUGGAGACAUGCCCCUAAUUGGAGCACUGUCUCUUUUUUUCCUUAGGAAACCUCUUUUGGAAAUUAACUGGACUGGACUGACCAAUCUUCUGGAUGUUCCAGGACUGAACGGCUUAUCAGAUACAAUAAUAUUGGAUAUAAUAUCCAACUACCUGGUCCUUCCAAAUAGAAUUACAGUCCCCCUUGUCAGUGAAGUGCAGAUUGCUCAGUUGCGGUUUCCUAUACCAAAGGGUGUUCUGAGGAUACACUUUAUUGAAGCUCAGGACCUGGAGGGGAAAGAUACUUACCUAAAAGGAAUUGUCAAAGGAAAGUCAGAUCCUUAUGGAAUCAUCCGUGUGGGCAACCAGAUCUUCCAAAGCAAGGUCAUCAAAGAAAAUCUCAAUCCAAAAUGGAAUGAAGUUUAUGAGGCCUUAGUAUAUGAACAUCCAGGACAGGAGUUAGAGAUUGAGCUCUUUGAUGAAGAUCCAGAUAAAGAUGACUUCCUGGGAAGUUUGAUGAUAGAUUUAAUUGAAGUUGAAAAGGAGCGUCUUCUAGAUGAGUGGUUUACUUUGGAUGAAGUGUCCAAAGGAAAAUUGCAUUUAAAACUGGAAUGGCUCACAUUGAUGCCAACUGCUGAAAAUCUAGAUAAGGUGCUAACAAGCAUUAGAGCUGAUAAGGACCAAGCCAAUGAUGGGCUUUCUUCUGCAUUGCUUAUUCUCUACUUGGACUCGGCAAGAAACCUGCCCUCAGGAAAGAAAAUCAACAGCAAUCCCAACCCACUUGUUCUGCUGUCAGUUGGACACAAGGCACAGGAAAGUAAGAUUCGAUACAAGACCAAUGAACCAGUAUGGGAGGAAAACUUUACUUUCUUUGUACACAAUCCCAAAAGACAAGAUCUUGAAGUUGAGAUGCUACAAAAUGACUUAGCUUCUGUGUUCCUUCAGGUGAGGGAUGAACAGCACCAGUGUUCUUUGGGGAACUUCAAACUGCCUCUAAGCCAGUUGCUAGAGAGUGAAGAUUUAACUAUGCAUCAGCGGUUCCACCUGAGCAACUCCGGUCCAAACAGCACUAUAAACAUGAAGAUUGCACUCAGGGUCCUUUCUCUUGAAAAGCAAGCAAGAUCUCCAGAUCAUCAACAUUCAGCCCAAGUAAAAAGGCCAUCUCUUUCCAAAGAUGCAAGAAAAUCAUCUUUUAAGCCUCAGGUUCCUGUCUCACCACCACCUGAUUCAAACAAACCUGUUCCAGCUUCCCCAGUGACUGAUAGUGAUAAAAAGACUGAUACAGCUGAAAAAAGUCAGCCUUCUAAUGCCAGCCCUCAGUGGCCAACAGAUCUCAGCCGAAGUUCUUCCAGUCUUCAUGCCUCUAACUUCUCUUAUUCUCCCAGCCACCUCUCGGUCAAAGAACCCACUCCUAGCAUAGCCUCAGACAUAUCUCUGCCUAUUGCCACGCAGGAGCUACGGCAAAGACUGCGACAGCUUGAAAAUGGAACGACUCUGGGGCAGUCUCCAUUAGGACAGAUUCAGCUAACAAUUCGUCAUAGUUCACAAAGAAACAAACUGAUUGUGGUAGUGCAUUCCUGCAGGAAUCUAAUAGCGUUUUCAGAAGAAGGAUCCGAUCCAUAUGUGCGAAUGUAUUUAUUGCCUGACAAGAGACGAUCGGGAAGAAGAAAAACACAUGUAUCAAAGAAGACAUUAAACCCAGUGUUUGAUCAAAUAUUUGAUUUCAGUGUUUCCCUGCCGGAAGUACAGAGAAGAACACUAGACGUGGCAGUGAAGAACAGCGGUGGUUUCUUGUCCAAAGAUAAAGGGCUGCUUGGAAAAUUAUUAAUACCUCUGGCGUCGGAAGAACUUGCUAAAGGCUGGACCCAGUGGUAUGAUUUAACAGAAGAUGGUACAAGGCCGCAUGGUGCAAGUUAGGCCCAUGGAUACUGGGAAUUCCCCAAGCAUAAUUUUGCCAACCUUUAUAUAUUUUUAAAGCGUUGUUCUCACAGAUGUACCAAUAUUAUUUUUAUAGCUUUACUGAUUAAGUUCUUAGACACAUACCCAAUAAUUUUAUAACACUUGGUCAUUUUAUGUAGACAUAGCCUUUCUCAUUGUUAAACUUUGUAUUUUAAUUUGCUAAACAAUUUUAAGUGUUACUGUAAUGUGCAAUAGUACAGUAAGGUAACCUUUUGUGUUUAAAUUGACCUUUAUGAUGGCUGUACCUAUUAGAAAGUGAAAAGAUUAUGUUCUGCUGUUUUCCUGCCUUGUUUUAUAUCUCACGAAGGUAUACUGUACCAUGUAAAUAUAUACUAUUUUUUUAUAAUUCUUUCAUGCUGGUUUGAAUUCAGAAGAAAAUUAGAUAAAGGUUAUAGAUAUUUUCCUCUAAAUGCAUGUUAAUUUCUUCAGAUGAAUCUCUCUUGUCUUUGCAGCACAAUGGUCUUACUCAUUUUGUGAUAUUCUUCAAAAACAAACUGCAGAAAAACAUUUUUACUUUAUUGUUCCUGGCCCAGUGUGGCUAGCUUAAAAUGUACAAAACAUUAACAUUUUAAUAUUUAUAUAAAAAUGUAUUAUUGGAAAAUCAGCUAUAGAAUAUUAUAAAUAAAAAUGAGAGUUCUAUAAAUACUGUAUAAAUAGAGGAUGAGGUCCAUGAAUCACACAGUUUCUAAAUCUGAGUUUUCAUUUAAUGGAGUAAACAUAACAAACAGUACAGUUUUAUUAUACAGGUUCACUUGGAUUUUGUUAUUUAUUCCUGUAAUCUAUAGUACUAGACGUGUGACCUUUUGAAGGUAUGAGGACAUGGAUUUUUCUGUAUUAUAAACAAAAUCUCUAACUAUUUAGAACUGUCCUUACUGCCAUGUUCCACUGAUUUAUAAGGUAUACAAAUCCGCUUGCAAUGUAAGUUCAUAUAGUAGGCAUACGUACAAGACAUAUGUUAUUUUUAUUAUACAAUACUGUGCUAAAUAGUAUAUUGUGCUAUACCUUCUGUAAUACUAAAACGGAACACCAAUAGGUAAGAAAGUGUGAAAUUGAGUUGAAACUGACUUGUCUUUACAGUUUCUUCAUUGCUACUUAGUGUGUUUGGUGCAUGAAAAAAAUGCACUUCAGUGGUCCACACAGGUUUCUUGAGAAAUAAUGGCAUUCUACUGAAGCAUUGCCAUAGUCUGCUGCAAGACUACAGCAGUGAUACAAUUAGCACAAACUGAUAAAAGUAGACAGUUGAGAGUUGAAGGGAGAGUAUCAGCCUGAAUAGCUGAGCUCAUAACUCUGAUAUUAUGAAUUAUGAGGAAUUUUUUUUGUAUUCAGAACUGAUUUUUCUUUUUCUGGUAAGUUUUCUCAGACUGUUAUAAAAAUGUGCAUUAAGAAUCCAAGAGAACAGUUCAGCUCCUUCAGAGCCAACGCCCUCAUUCUUGGAUAAGUAUGCAAUUAGACAGACAAAGUAUAUUACUUAGCUAAGAUUCUAGAAUGAUCUCUCAGCCAAGAAAGAAUUUUAAAGCAGAAUAUAAACUCCUGAAAUUAGCUUUAUUGUAAGAUUACUGACAGAACCUUAAUUCUGGAUGUAGAAUAUGCCUACACUACUAGAUGUACCAAAGUGCCUACCAUAGAUGUAGCUUUUUGUCUUUUUCAAGUUUAAGAAUUGACUCAUUUCAGUUUGUCUAAAUUCAGUUUAACAUGAACUUUUGUCACGGAUGUGUGUGACACACAUGCAUACACCUCUAUACAGUGAUGGCCUUCUUAUUGCCGCAUUUUAUACAAGACAAUUUUAGCAAACAAGCUUACACUGUAAAUAUUGCUGCUGUUACUUUCUGAUGGACUGGGCAAUAGAGAGAGGUUCUUUGUAAGAAAACAUUUCCAUUUGAAGGCUUCACUCUAUAUUGGAAUGUAUGAGUAUCUCUCUAUAUAUACACUCAUCUAUUCAUAUAAAAUGUAAUAUAUUAUGAAGUAUGUAUUUUCUUUGCUAGGUCUCCAUUAAAAUGUUAAGAAUGGAAAGACAGAGAAUUAUUGUUAAUGCAAUGAAAAUGCAGAAAGUGAAAUCUGAUCUAAAUAAAGGAGGUCUAAGAGCAGUAGUUCAGCAUGAUUGUCUUUUGACUUGGUUCAGCCUGAGGUGGAAAGACUUUAGCUGUACAUCUUGGCCAGUGACUCCCCAGAGUUUGCUCCAUAGCCAACAAAUGGGCUGUUAAACUGAUUUGGUGCUUCAGGUCUUAAGUGAAGUCUGGGGACAGAUGUUAGAAGACUCUGCACUUAAACAAAAAAAAGUGCACAUCUGUCUUCUAAAGUCUCGAGGGGGAAAAUAAUGCUGUGUUUGGGUAAAUGUGAGAUGAUAGCACAAAGUGAGUAACUGAAUGAAGCAUAUAGGACAGCUUUCCAAAAUGGCUCACAACGUAAAAUUAGGGAUAGGCUCUUAAAAGAGCCCAGUUCCCAUUUAGGAAUCUAAAAUGAAGAGAUUGACUUGUCAUUGUAAUUAAGCAGCAGUAAUUCCCAUUGACUGUAAUCAGUCCUGGAUGUCAACAUUUAGAAAUGUUCUCCUGAGUGAAUUUGGAUCAGAAUAUGACUGCCUAGAUGAGAUUGAUUCUUUUGAUAGUGGAAACAAAUCUCUGUAUCAUAAUUACCAAAUUCUGAUUGUUCCUUUUAUGUGGAAGGAGGAAGGACAAACAUUAUUUUUCCUCUGGGCAAAAAUUGCACCUCAUUAUCAAGUCAAUGUAUUCAGUAUCAACUGAUAGCUUUUCAUGUAGUUCUUGUUUAUCCUGUGCCUUAAAAUAUGAACAUAUGAAGAUGUUUAAGAAAUGGCUAAAAAUAAGCUUUGUUACCUGUAUGUACCAACACAUGUUCUCUCUACUAUUGAAACUGUUUUUAGAAUUAUUCUGCUUCACUGACAAGAAAACCAGCUUUCUUAAUUAUAGCAGUGGUAUAACCCGAACUCAAAUCAGCAUGCAUAUCGCUUGGAUUUGGAUUAAAAGAGUUCUAAUUUUCUGUCUUGAAUCCUUUAUCAGAGCUGCAGCAAAUGAUGAGAGUUGAAAUGAGAACAAAGGGUAAUCAAUUUUGUACAGAUUGCCUUUUUUGCUCAUGUAAUUCUACAUUAUGAUGCAUGUAUUUAUUCAAUAAAUGGUUCAUAUGGAA